UAAAACCGGUGCAAAACGAAAAACGCAGACUAGAAACUAUACAGUUGGGCACAAUGUUGUGUUUUUGCAGAACCGUACUCUGUAACGUGUAAGCUGGAAAAAAAACGGCAGUUCUGACUAUGGGAAAAACGCCUAGACAGAACUGACGUACUAUUGUACUACGAUAUUUGAGCAGCUAAUGAAAAUGAUGUUAAAUUUCCACAUGGGAGACAAAAGACUGAUGUUUCGUCUUGAUUCUCUUGAGGUGGUAGGUGCGUUUUUGACCUGCACAUUUAUCUUCAGUUUUACGGUAAAUUGCUGUAUCUGAGAGGAGGAAUAAAUCCGUUCAGCCAUUGUACACAUUCAUUCUGUGCGCUACAGCCGAGGAGUAUUGCGGUGAGCACAAAGGAAUACCAUAGCAGCUGCAGGAGCCCAGUGGUUCCUGAGCAUCUUUUCUAUUUUCUGAAGCCCAUAGUAGACAUGGCAAAGGAAGGACCGGAGAAAACGGAAGAGACGGAGCAUAUGAUAGAGAAGAAUGGAGGCAAGGAGCAGGACACUGUCCUUGGGGCUGCAGACACUAAGGAGAUGCGAGCCGUGGUGCUGACGGGCUUCGGGGGGCUUAACAAACUCCGGGUCACCAAGAAGCCGAUGCCCGAGCCUCAGGAAGGGGAGGUCAAAAUCCGCGUCAAAGCCUGUGGCUUGAACUUUUUAGACUUGAUGGUUCGGCAAGGAAACAUCGAUAACCCUCCUAAAACGCCUCUUGUUCCGGGAUUUGAGUGCUCUGGGAUAGUUGAAACUCUAGGAGAAAAUACCAAGGGAUUUGAGAUAGGAGAUCGAGUCAUGGCUUUUGUGAAUUACAAUGCCUGGGCGGAAGUGGUAUGCACUGCCGCUGAAUUUGUCUACAAGAUCCCCGACGACAUGACUUUUCCGGAGGCUGCUGCUUUUUCCAUGAACUUUGUGGCUGCCUACAUGAUGCUCUUCGAAGUGGCCAAUCUCCGAGAGGGAAUGUCCGUACUGGUUCACUCCGCAGGGGGAGGUGUGGGCCAAGCUGUCGCACAGCUAUGCUCUACUGUAAACAACGUUAUGGUUUUUGGGACAGCCUCAUCCUUCAAGCACGAAGCCAUCAAAGACUCUGUCACCCACCUGUUCGACAGAAAUGCCGAUUAUGUGCAAGAAGUUAAAAAAAUUUCCCCAGAAGGAGUAGAUAUUGUCCUGGACUGUUUAUGUGGAGAAAACACUGGAAAAGGCUUAGGCCUCCUAAAACCACUGGGAACUUACAUCCUGUAUGGAUCAUCAAACAUGGUAACUGGUGAAACAAAAAGUUUCUUCAGCUUUGCUAAAUCUUGGUGGCAAGUGGAGAAGGUGAACCCCAUUAAGCUCUAUGAGGAAAAUAAGGUCAUUGCUGGAUUUUCACUGCUCAACCUUCUGUUUAAACAAGGCAGAGGCAGCCUGGUAAAGACUGUGGUGCACAAACUAAUUUCUCUCUACAACCAGAAGAAGAUCAAACCACUAGUAGACUCACUAUGGGCUCUGGAGGAGGUGAAAGAGGCCAUGCAGAGGAUUCACGAUAGAGGCAACAUAGGAAAACUGAUCCUGGAUGUUGAGAAAGCUCCCACUCCCCUGAUGGCGAAUGACAGCACGGAGACAAGUGAGGCGGGAGAGGAGGAGGAGGACCAUGAGGGUGACAAUGACAACAAGGAGCGAAUGCCUUUCAUUCAGUAACCAGCGGGCCGUCUGGCUGGGUGGGGACAGUGUCAGGACAGCGGGCAGGAGUCAGCUGGAGACCCGGGACCUGUCCUGUACAGCCGUGAACAAACGCCGUAGUACAGUGUGUGUUUUUGUGUUUGUCUGCCAAUCAGUUGAGCUAUAAGCUAUUUAGAAAAGUGGCUUGCCAAAUAACUAAAGUGCCAUUCCCAGCGCAGUAUUAUAAAAUGACAUUACAUUUUUGUUGCAGACUGAACAGUUGUUAUCGGAUGCUUUGUCCUGUUUACAGCCUCUUGGGAGGCUCCUGUUGUGUGCAUAUGGACGUAUGUGUAUGUUUGAGAGAGAGACCUUGCUUUCAGAGCUUAGCUGACAGUUAAAAUGAAAAAGCAGAAACUACUUUUCUGUACAUCUCUAGCUGUAAUUUUCCCUCGAGUUGCAUUCAGUACAAUUUUGAUGAGAGAUGAAUUAGAGCACUUUAUGUUUCACUGGGCAUUUCAGCUCCACUGAAUAGCUCCACUGUCGCUGAUUAUAAAGAAUAUCAUGUUCUGAGAAUAUUACUGAUUUGUAGCACUAUCAAAUAUAUAAUAUAUAUAAUUAAUAUUUCAAUUAAUUCAAUACAAAUUGAUAUAGAAAAUUAGAAAAUUAUUUCAUUGUCAGUUUCAGUUUAAUAAAUACUGUAAGCAGUGCAUUUGGCCAUGAUAUUAUAAUGCUUAAACAUGCCUUUUCUGCAGUAUUAACAAUAACUCAUAUUGUAUGUGGUUGGAAUAAUCAUUCUGUACUGUAGACAUUUGGUACGAAGGCAAUACAGAAUGUUUAACCCAGCUAUAAAAGGGUAAUUUUGAAUGCAAAGUCUCAUAGUCCAAAUGUUUAUGAAUCUUAGAGGUUCCUCUUUAGGUUUCUAACAGAAUUGUCCAGUGCUCAGAUGCCUCUGCCCUGCAUUGUAACCCCUGGAAUAUAUUGUAGAAAAACUUAAAAGUAUGAUAUUCGUCAUUCAGUGACACUGAGCAAUUAGGAGAGGUUUUCCCUCACUUCAAGACCUGCAUAAACAGUAAAGUGGUUAAAUGUAAUGACUACUGAUACUGUACUUUUGUUUUAUUUUUUUAAAUUGAAAACUGUAUUGCAUGCCCUUAAAGAGUUUUGGUACAUUUACAGUUCCUGCUUCUGCCAUUAAUUUUGUAAGAUACAAAGCAAAAGGGUAUCAGUGAGAAGGAAAACGUGAAUCAGUUUUAGUUAUUGAUGAUCAAAGAAGGCCAUUGAGAACAGACAUCGUAACUGUUUAAUGUGGGUGAUAACAUCUCCAUUAUUUCUGCGUGUUGAGACAAAGAUGGAUCUACACAGCCCAUCACUGUCACCAUACAUUAAUUAACAAUGUCAAAUUCUGCCUGAGGAGUGUUAUAGUUAUAGAUCCACCUUGAGUUCCCAAAUGACUUGACGUAAUUAUUUUCUCAGUGAUAAGUUUUUUAUAAGAUACACUCCUUUGAAAGCACGGUCACUAUAAAAUGUAAAACAUAAGUUAAUUUCCAGUUAAUCAAAUAAUUAAUGAAAGCUAAAGACUUAAUUGCCUUCUAGAUUCAUGAUUUGGGGUGCCGUGUGGUGCAGUAGAUGUCCAUGCUCUUUAAGCUUUGUCCUCAAGUGCAGAGAUUCUCUCCACUGGACCUGAGGAACUCCUGUGUCGCAGUGUUCUUUAUCCCAGUCAAACUGAAAUGUUUUUAAUUUUCUUUCAGCUCUUAAAAAGUUGUUUGGGGUUUGUACUGUAAUUCUUAUCAUCCCUUUGCCAAGUUCUGAGCUUCAAUUCUCCCCUCAGUCAGCUGAACAGUAACCAAUUGAACCUAGGCACAAAGAAAAAAUAUUCAUUGUGGGAGAUGUAUUGUCAUUUCCACCCAUGUCAGUCCUCUAAAAGCAACCGCCUUUUUAGAGCUACUGUACUUAGUCAAAAAAAAAAAGAAUGGAGCAAAUUCUUAAUUAUCAUGUUGAGAAUGAUGCAUAAAUUCUGUAUGCUGAAGUUAUUGGAAAUAAUGUACUUGGACUAGAAUAUUCAGAUACUGAAGGCUGAGUACAGAAAACUAGUCUAAAAACAACGAGCAGAUCAGUUGCAUUAAUCAGCUUCAACUGCAUUCAACUUUUGCAAUAGUCGCUCAAGUCAGGAAUAGUAUCCAUGGACAGGAGAACAGCAAAUGUUGAGUCUGGUAUAAUAAUUAAACUACCCAUGUUUACAAAAUAACACUGAGUUAGAAUGAUUAACUAACACUGGAGAGACAGCAAAUUAAAUUCCAAAAGCUUUAGCAAAAAUUCAAGACUGGGCAAACACAAGGCAGAUGACAUUGAAUGUCUUUAUGUGAUAAUUUAAUAAUAAAUGAGUUUAGCUUGUGUUAACUAAUUGUACAGCUCCUCAGAUCACCUAUUUCCUCUUCCAUGUUUACUUACCUCAAGGCCAAUGGACAGCUGUGUAAACACAAACCUGGUUUUUGCAUAGGACAAAUAAGAGAUCUGAUGAGAUAAUAUUAGAUACAGCUGCAUGAGGACCAGAAGCAACAUUCAUUUAUCCUUGUUGUACCAGUAGAAAGGAUCUACUGGGACAAGAAGGGACAGUUUUGCAGUACAGGGAGCACCAUGGACACCAGAUAUUGAAAUUUGUUUAGAGGGUAGGGGUCGUGGGAGGUCGGUAAUGGACAUGGAGGUGCCAAUAUCCACAAACAUAGUGCGUGGCGUUAAUCUGGCUACCUGGCUGUGCUGUCCUGGGCACUGCCAGAGGUGAGGGGGCCAGUGAACUCUAGUGCCUGCUUUGUAGCAAACGUACCAGGUCAUCAUGAAACGGGUUGUCAUAACGAGUGUGAUCAACUCGGGGGCACUGACGCAGCAUCCAUUGGAUUGAGUGGGAGAAUCAGCCCACUCGACCUAGGGAAGGGCUAGUUAGCAAGGUCUGCCUGGGAUUAUAAUUGCCAAAGGCAAGGGAGAAAUGUGCCCAGGACACUGGGAUAACACCCCUCUUCUUUUUGAGAAAUGCCCUGGAAUUCUUAAUGACUAUGGAGAGUUAGUACCUGGGUUUUUCAUUUCAUCUUUUACAUCAUUCGGCCGCAAGACCCCACUAACACCUCUUCCAGUGGAGUCUCCCAUCCAGGUACUGGCCAGGCUCACACCUGCUGAGCUUCAGUGGGCUCCCAGUUGCUAGCUGCAGGGUGAGAGAGAGUUAUUAUUAUCCCUGGUGGGGGGGGGGGCAAUUUGUUUUACAGCAGCAGUGUUGGUAUACAGAGGACAAAAUAAAAACACGACAGGAACAACUAUAUACAUAAAUAUUUGCCUAGAAAGUCAAGUGUUAAGUAACGAUAUGGCUACGGGUAUGAUUGAGAACUUACUAUAAAUCUGUUGGUUUUGGAGAUUGGGAGUUGGUAUCUGUGUUCUGAUGGGAGUAACUGGAAAUGAUCAAACAAGGGGUGUGAAGGAUUAUCACAGAUGGAUGUGUAUGAUAGAUGGGGGAGAGGGCAGGGAGAUCAGCAUCAAUGAUCCUCUGACAUAUUUUCAGAAGGCUGCCCAGUUUGUUCUUGCUCCUCAGAUUCAGGUCCCCAAACCAGCAGAUCAGGGUAAAAGUUAGAACAGAUCCAAGGAAGGACUGAUAAAACAAAAUCAACAAUGAGUCUUAAAAUAUUUCAGCUUCCUUAAGUAAAGAAGAUGCUGUUGUCCGUUUUUGAGGAUCAAGUCAUUACUGGCUUUGAAAUUUAGCUUGGAGUCCAGAACAGUCUCCGCACUGAUACAGCUGCAGACGGUUGAUUGUUCCACAAAGGCCAAUGGCGAUCACAGAAAGAGCAUGUUCAUUUUAACUCCUUACAUUCAUUCUUAAGCAGACUUAUACAAAGGAAAUCCUCACUGCUCCACAGUUCAUAGUAAAAUAAAUCCAAUACAAAACGGGGGAUUUUAGAAAAAUGCCAUUGCUAAUGUUGCCAAUUCCACAAUCCAUUGGCUAAUUAUAAAAUUCACUGGUUGUUAGUUAAGGUAAUACAGUACAAGGCAGUUUACCAUAUUUUAAGAAAAUAUGACAUGCAAAUAGAUCUGAUAACAUUAAUCUUUACAAUAAGAAAAUGUUUCCAGGGCAUUAAAAAUAUGCCUAAUGUUGUUUUCUUAAAUCAGCUGUAAAAAACAAACCUGACGAGAUACUGUAAUUUGUAAUUAGUGACGUCUGUAUUGCAAACACCAAAAGAUGUUAUUGUAUGGUCAACCAAUAAUUUUACAGCAGUCUAGAAAUGUUAAAUCAUGCUGACUAUUGAAUUUAUAUUUUUUAAAGGUGUAAUCUGGUGAUUUGUCUGCUCCACAAGGAUGCCUUUAACUCUUACUCAAACUGUGGGAUUCAAGGAGAUAUCCUAUCAAACUUAAUAUCAACUAGUGUAUAUCUUUGAACUGCAGCUCAGAUUGAUUUCUGUUGAAGUAAGGGAAUAUUGAAUGAUCCUCUGAAACUGGCAGAGCUUGGAGGGCAAGUGGACCAUGUGACAGAAUCACAUCAUCUCAUGGUUUACAUCUCCUGCCUUAUUCUGGUAACAAUGUCAAACACUUCAUAAAUCUGCUGUCACGUUUACAGGAAAAUUAAAAAAGGUUUAUUUUUGUCCAUAAAUGUGAGGAAUAUUAAAGGCUUUUAUAUAGUUUUUUUUGCCAGCAAGGACUCGUAUUGAUUGAUAUUGAUUCAUAGCAUUGGAAGAUGGGAUUUUUUAGUGUAUCCAUAUUUGAAUGUCCCUUUUAGUGGAUCUUAAUGUGUAUGGUCUAAACUAUCCUUCAGUGUAUCACAGUUCAACAUGAUGUGUAGAUUUUCAAUUUGCCUUAAGAAAACUAUAUAGGCUUAUUAGCUCAAGCCUGGGUACAGACAAUGAAAAUAUUGUUUAACUGUAUUUGUUAUUAGUGCUUUUGUUAUAUUGUGCAUACACAGAUAAUUAUGUUUACAUAAAUAAAAUGAUCAGCAUAGCA